AUGAUUUACACUGUUGGUGCUGCGAGUGCAUACACCAUUACUAGAUACAUCUUUGGAAGAUCUGCAAUUAUUCGUGAAUUCCAGAUAUCUUCAUCAUUGUUAUAUAGUGAUACUAAUGUUGCCAAGGAAUGGGUUGACAAAUUGACAGUAGAAGCUCUACCGACCCGGUUUUUUUCGAUCAGAUACGAUCGAGCUAGUGGUCCAGGUGGACAAAAUGUCAAUAAGGUGAAUACUAAAUGUACUUUGACAUUACCUAACUUCUCGAAAUGUUCUUUAUUUCCUUUGGAUGUUAGAGAACAAAUGAUAGAUAAGAAGGUAAGGAUUUACUCUCACGUGAAUGACACUAUUGUGUUACAAAGUGACGAAACAAGAUCCAGAGAAAACAAUAGACUGUUGUGUUUCAAAAAAUUGAUAUCUUUUAUUAGAGAGACAUGUUAUUUUCCGAAUGACCCUACUAUUGAUGAUGUUAGGAAAUGGGAUAAUAUAAGGAAGAAAUCGAAAGAAUCGAGAUUAAAAGAAAAGAAGUUCAAUGGUGAGAAGAAAAAAAAUAGAAAACUACUAUAUUGA